AUGGCCCGCCGCUUCGGACUCUUCACGCUUUGGGCGAUCACUAUUGCCGCUGCUCAGGCUGAAGAUGGCCCUCCCGACUUCUCCAGCUUCCAGUACCCAGGCUCUCCACAGGUCAGGGGUUUCAAGCCCAAAUACGAUUUCUGUAUCGUAGGAGGUAAGAUUCAUCAUCUGCAACCCAAAAAGAAGUAACAUUGUUGACGAAUUGACAGGAGGGACGGCGGGACUGGUGCUAGCGAAUCGUCUCUCCGAGAGCGGCAGGCAUCAAGUAGUUGUAUUCGAGACCGGAGGCCCACCGACCGACGUCAGCACUUAUGCGUUUGCAGGAGGCAAUGGGUACGCUUUGAAUGGUGAGUUCUUCCGUGGUCAGCCCAUUUGCGCAGCUUCAUUGACAUCGAUUCACAGGCGGCGUCAGUCCGAUCGACUACAAUUUCCAGACUGUGCCUCAAGAGAAUUUGCACAAUCGUAGCCUUACCUACCAUCGUAAGUGGAAUGCUGCGCGUGGUAUUGACUCAUGCUCAACAUAUGCAGGUGGGCGUGCCCUCGGCGGGAGCAGCGUUACCAAUGGUUUGUAUUACGGCAUGGGCAGCUCAACCGUUUACGACGCCUGGGAGCGUGAUGGCAAUCCGGGAUGGGGCUGGAAAGCCAUUCAAAACGCCGCAAAGAGGGUAACGCUUUCGGUCGGCUCUCUGAUGGAGGUAUUCCAUGCUCACAACGUAUAGGGUACCAAAUUCGUCGGAAACCCAGAACACACCAACGAUAACACGUAUAUGACUUGGGACCCUUCGAAUUAUGGCACGAAAGGACCAUUGAAGAUCGGCUUUCAAGGCAGAGUUGUCGCAUCGAAUCCCAGCUUCAUGAAUGCAACCAGCGCCAUCGGUCUCCACCCAGUCAGGGAUCAGAACGGCGGCAGUCCCUUGGGGAUCAAGCAAGGGACGAUGACUCUGGACGAGAACUUCCAUCGCAGCAGCUCAUUCGAUGGCUACUACCAGGAAGCCAAAUACCGGCCCAAUCUGAACGUCCUCGACCGCGCACCCGUCAUUCGAAUCAUCUAUGACGAAGAGACGAUUGGCACCGACAGUGUGCAUGCAGUCGGAGUAACCUUUGUCGACCAGACUUCCGGAACCUUCCACAAUGUCUCCUGCGGGCGCGAGGUCAUCCUGUCGGCGGGUGCUUUCCACAGUCCUUUCAUCUUGAAGCAGAACGGCAUCGGGCCAGCCGAAGAGCUCCAGAAAUAUGGCAUUGAGCCCGUUGUCGUCAAUGAGAAUGUUGGGCAACACAUGCUGGACCACACGUCUUUCAGCGUCAUUCACGCAGUCAAGCCCGAAUUCGCAGACAUAGCUUCCACGAGCGACAUGGGCAACGACUUGAACAUCUUGGAAAGUGAGCAACGAGCUUUCUUCGGCGGUGGACCCUCGGAAUGGCACAGCAAAUGGUCCGCUCCAUCGGGAUGCACGAACGGCUUUCUCGAGAUUCCGAACGAAGAGCUGGAGAGCUUUGGCGCGGGAGACAUCAUCAAGCAGGGUCUGACGCACCAGGCCCACAACGAGAUUCUGUACGAAUCUACCUGGUACCCACGCUUCUCCAACGAAUACGGCCAGCCGCAAGGAAACAUGUCGUAUAUCUCCAUCACCGUCUCGAACAUGGCAGCGCUCUCUCGCGGGACUGUAACCAUUGCGGACAACAACCCUCUCAGCGAUCCGGUGAUUGAUCCAAACGUAAGCAAAACACUUUGGGGCAUCGAAAGCUUCUGCUGACUUGGCAAUGUGUAGUAUCUCGCGGAGGACGCCGAUCAAGCGAUGGCGAUUCAAGGAGUCAAGUACAUACGCAAGAUUUUCGAUCAUCCCGAUAUGAAGAGAUGGUCCGCUGGAGAAGUCGUGCCGGGAGAAAGCGUGCAGAGCGAUGCCGACAUUCUCGAGUGAGUAUCUGUUCCCGCUCUCAAGCAACCAGGCAGAUCUAAUCUCUAUCCAGAUACGCGAGGGCCACAAUGAUCCCCAACUGGCACGCCGCCAGCAGCUGCCGCAUGCUACCCAAGGAGAAAGGUGGCGUGGUGGAUUCGCAUCUGCGCGUGUAAGUCUCGGUCUACCUCUUCCACAUGGAUCAACGCUAACGAACCGCUCCUCACAGCUACGGCACCAAAGGCCUUCGCGUCUGCGACGUCUCGACCCUGGGGCGACUUCCGGAUGUCAACCUCGUCGGACCAGUCUUCGCCGUCGCCGAACUGGGCGCCGAGAUUAUCCGGAGGGAAUACGAUGAUUUUUGA